UCCAUGUUUUCUUUGGCCCUGAAAUGCCUUAUCAGUUUGUCUACCAUCAUCCUUCUGGGUUUGAUCAUCGCCUACCAUACACGGGAAGUCCAGCUCUUUGUGAUUGACAAUGGCGCAGAUGACUGGAGGAUAGCCAUGACCUACGAACGCAUUCUCUACAUCAGCCUGGAGAUGUUGGUUUGUGCCAUCCACCCAAUCCCCGGUGAAUAUAAAUUUUUUUGGACAGCCCGCCUAGCCUUCUCCUAUGCUCCUUCCAGGGCUGAGGCUGAUGUGGACAUCAUCCUUUCUAUCCCCAUGUUCCUCCGGCUCUACCUGAUCGCCCGAGUUAUGUUGCUGCAUAGCAAGCUCUUUACGGACGCCUCCUCACGAAGUAUUGGGGCACUGAACAAAAUCAACUUCAACACGCGUUUUGUCAUGAAGACCCUCAUGACCAUCUGCCCCGGGACAGUGCUCCUGGUCUUCAGCAUCUCUCUGUGGAUUAUUGCCGCCUGGACCGUGCGAGUCUGUGAAAGGUACCACGACCAACAGGAUGUAACUAGUAACUUUCUGGGUGCAAUGUGGCUUAUCUCCAUCACAUUCCUUUCCAUUGGGUAUGGGGACAUGGUUCCUCACACAUACUGUGGAAAAGGUGUCUGUCUUCUCACUGGCAUCAUGGGUGCCGGCUGUACUGCUCUGGUGGUGGCUGUGGUUGCCAGAAAGUUGGAACUCACCAAAGCCGAGAAGCACGUUCACAACUUCAUGAUGGACACUCAGCUCACAAAACGGGUAAAAAGCCCCUUUGCCUUUUCAUUAUCCAGAAUACCUCUGAAACAGGGGAAGGUGAAACCAUUAAAGAGCAAUGCCCCUGCUCCAACUUCCCAGAGUCACAUCUCAUGCAGCCCCCCAUUCUGGCAACGUGACUUCAAAUGGAAUCCAGCUUCAAUGAGCCUCCCAUUUGCACCACUAUAA